AUAGGUCUAAUUAAUUAUCCAUACAUCCCAGGUGAGGAGCAAAAGGGGUGCCCCUGUUCAGGCCCAAAGCCUAAGGAAAGGUCGAUGGACAGGCAUUCCCAGGACUCUGAAAAGCCUCUAGACACUAAGCCUGCAGAGGGCUUCUCUUGGAAGAAAGGGGCAGCCAAGCAGCAGUGGCGGUCACCUGAAUUCGAAGAGACACCUGUGGCAAAGGUAAAGUUGAACAAGAAGGAAGUUGUCAUUCCACAGAUCAUCAUCACUAGGGCCUCAAACGAGACCCUAAUCAGCUACAGUUCCAUCGGAAACGAAGAGCAGAGAACCAUUCGGGAGCAGACAGAAUGGGGCCCCUAUGCCCGACACAGGAACCCCAGUACAGUAGACGCCUAUGCUUUACAGACUAAACAACCAUCUGAGUAGCUGUCCUUGCUCACUGUGCUCUGAGUCUCAGCCGUGAUGGCAGAAGGGCCACCCUGCCCUGUGGGAAGCUGCAGGUACCCCUUCAGGAGACAAACACCCCAUGACCACCAUGCUCACCUUCCCCAGAGCUGCUGGCAGCUUGGCUGAGGGCAAGAGUAACUCUUAAAUGAGUUUAAAUGAAUAAAUCAUUUCCCCCGAUGAAACUGGCUGGUUGCGCAGAGUGAUGGACAGUAGGCGGCACCUCUCACUUCUGUUCAAGGCCUUCCCACCCACUCUGAAGGAGUGUGGGGUGAGUCCUGGGUGGUUGUGGUGAGUGAGAUGUCCCCCACACUUGGAAAGAAGGUAGGGCUCUAAGCACUUAAAGGUGUCAUGUUCCGCAGGGGCCUAAGGGCUCCUAGCUUGACUGUUACCUGAUCCAGGGUAUUAACAUGGAACUGCAGGGGACUGGGGACAGCCAGGCACUUAGAACUUUGGAAAUGGCCUUGUCACAGCUGCCCUGGGAAGAGGAGUUGAACUCACACUUCCUGUCUUUGGGGCUGUGAAUGAGGGCUCCCUAUGGCGAGGGGCCGUGCAGGGGACUCCUCAAGUGCUCCACCGUCGCCAGCAGUGCUCAGGUCAAGCUGCAGAGAAUGCCCGCGGCGGCCAGUCUCACGUUCAGUCUGGUGACACUUAGCUUCCUUAGUUCCUAGGGUGGCGGCAGGCCCUACACACAGUUCCGAUUUCUCUGUCGAUGAGGAUUAUGUUACUUUAGUAUUAAAUAGCGCAACUGGCCCUGGGCGGUUCGGCUCAGCGGUUAGAGUGUCGACCUGCAGAUUGACCGGUCCCAGGUUUGAUUCGGGCCAGGGGCGCGCCCCUUGGUUGCAGGCUCCAUCCCAGUCAGCAGGCGGGCAGGAGGCAGCGAUGUCUCCCCCUUUCCACGCUCUGAAGACCCGUGGGGAAAAUACCCCGGGCGAGGAUUAAAAAUAAAAAAAAUAGUACAACUGAC